AGGCGGGGGCUGUCGCCCCGUUCUUGUCUUCAUAUAACUCAAGUGCCUGUUGCCCGGUUCUCCUCUGCACAUGUGUUCAGAUGUGUUAACCAGAAUUUGGUCUUGGGUCAGUUUUUGGACAGUAUGCAAUAAUUCCCCAGAUUACUACACUACAUGACCAAAAGUAUGUGGACUCCUGCUUGUUGAACAUCUUAUUCCAAAAUCAUGGGCAUUAAUAUUAGAGGUCGACCGAUUGUGAUUUUUCAACGCCAAUACCGAUUAUUGGAGGCCCAAAAAAGCCGAUACCGAUUAAUCUGCCAAUUUAUUUUAUUUGUAAUAAUGACAAUUACAACAAUACUGAAUGAACACUUAUUUUAACUUAAUAUAAUACAUCAAUAAAAUCAAUUUAGCCUCAAAUAAAUAAUGAAACAUGUCCAAUUUGGUUUAAAUAAUGCAAAAACAAAGUGUUGGAGAAAGUAAAAGUGCAAUAUAUGCCAUGUAAGAAAACUAACGUUUAAGUUCCUUGCUCAGAACUUGAGAACAUAUGAAAGCUGGUGGUUCCUUUUAACACGAGUCUUCAAUAUUCCCAGGUAAGAAGUUUUAGGUUGUAGUAAUUAUAGGACUAUUUCUCUCUAUACCAUUUGUAUUUCAUUAACCUUUGACUAUUGGAUGAACUUAUAGGCACUUUAGUAUUGCCAGUGUAACAGUAUAGCUUCCUUCCCUCUCCUCGCUCCUCCCUGGGCUCGAACCAGGAACACAUCGACAACAGCCACCCUCGAAGCAGCACCGUUACCCAUGCAGAGCAAGGGAAACAACCACUCCAAGGCUCAGAGCGAGCGAGUGACAUUUGAAACGCUAUUAGCGUGCGCUAACUAGCCAGCCAUUUCACUUCGGUUACACCAGCCUCAUCUCGGGAGUUGAUAUGCUUGAAGUCAUAAACAGCGCAAUGCUUGACGCACAACGAAGAGCUGCUGGCAAAACGCACGAAAGUCCUGUUUGAAUUAAUGUUUGUGCGCCUGCUUCUGCCUACCACCGCUCAGUCAGAUACUUAAUGCUUGUAUGCUCAGUCAGAUUAUACGCAACGCGUGACACGCUAGAUAAUAUCUAGUAAUAUCAUCAACCAUGUGUAGUUAACUCGUGAUUAUGAUUGAUUGAUUGUUUUUUAUAAUUUAAGUUUAACUUUUUAUGGCUGCAGGGGCAGUAUCGAGUAGCUUGGAUGAAAAGGUGCCCAUUGUAAAUGGCCAGCUCCUCAGUCCCAGUUGCUAAUAUAUGCAUAUUAUUAGUAGUAUUGGAUAGAAAACACUCUGAAGUUUAUAAAACUGUUUGAAUUAUGUCUGUGAGUAUAACAGAACCUGAGAAAUUCCACUUCCUGUUUGUAUUUUUUUCUGGGGGUGGCAGAUUCUCAACCAAGCUCUCAUUGAAAUUACAGCGAGAUAUGGAUGAGUUUUCACUUCCUACGCCUUCCACUAGAUGUCAAUAGAACUUUGUCUGAUGACUCUAAUGUGAAGGAGGGUCGAAUGAGACAGGAAAUAGUCACCACUGCCACGAGUUGACCAUGCUUUCACCAUGCGCGUUCACAGAGGAAGGACCUGCGUUCCACCGGUCAUCUGAAGUCAUUCUAAUUCUCCGGUUGGAACGUUAUUCAAGAUAUAUGUAAACAACAUUCUAAAGAUUGAUUCAGUACAUCGUUUGACAUCAUGUUUCUACUGACUGUUACGGCACUUUUGGACAUUUCGUCACGUUAUAGUGGACACGCUUUGUGACUUUGGAAUUGUUUACCAAACGCGCUAACCAAAGUAGCUAAUUGGACAUAAAUAACAGACAUUUUCGAACAAAUCAAGCAUUUAUUGUGGACCUGGGAUUCCUAGGACUGCAUUCUGAUGAAGUUCAUCAAAGGUGAAGGACAUCUCACUGGAGGCCACAGGCGCUUUGAGAAGCCAGCGGGACACGAUACAUGGAGAGAUGACCAACCAAUCACUGUUGAUGAGGGGAGUGGAACAUUAACCCAGCACGUGAUAGAGAUUAGGUAUGCAGAUGCAGAGACUGCAGGUCCUGGGGUCAAGCUGGAAAGGUCUGAAGGAGAGCAAGCUCCACUGCACAGCAGAAACAUCAAAACUGGAGUGGCUGGAGCAACCCCAGUAGCCACAGAGGACCCCACCACCGCCCCAGUGCAGCCCAGGACCCGACGCAGCAUGACGGAGGAGGAGGAGAGUCCAGAGGUGCUUUUGGUGAAGGAUGAGGGGUGUGAGGAGGGUCUGGGGAACAUGGUCAUGGAGGACAACCAGAUUACACCUCCUCCUGAACCCACAGAGGAACCAGCUGAGCAGCACAAGACCACAUACAGUAUCACUGAGUCAGUAGACAUGGAGGAUGGGAAGCCUGAUCUGCUGAUAGUCAAAGAGGAGACAAUAGAAGACGAACCAGAGAGCAUUGACCUGCUGAGUCAACUAAAGAUGGGGGAGCAAGGUGGUUGGCUGGAGGCUAACAGAGGAGACUGGGUAGCCAUCUUGGAUUCCCCCUACCAGGAAGGUGCAGCCAAAGUGCCUGGGGACAACAUCACUGAGCAGGCGAGGACCAGAGGCGAAAUAGUGGAAGUCAGUGGAUGGGACAGCGUCCUCAACUCUGGGCUGGGGAACAACGCUGUUAACCACAACCAGAAACAGACAGUCGGACACAAAACAACUUCCGAACUUAGUCUCCAUGACAACAGACUGGCUGAGACCAGGGCGAGACGUAGAUUUGGAGGUGUCCCUAUUCGGCUGGCGAGAACAGACACAGACUCGGCUAACGAUGCUCCGUCCUGCUCCUAUAGUUGUGAUUCAGAGAGACUGAUGGCACUUCAGGUUGACCCCCUAACAGGUGGUGCCUUCAUCCUGCCUUCUAUAGGAUCUAUCAACUGGAACAUGGACCCUGCGACAACACAGACACUCCCUGGCCUUUGUCCUCCUGACACUCUCCUAAUAUUAAACCAGACCUCAGACAAUGCCAGUGCCUCAACACCAAAUGGCUAUACAAGCCCAUUGACAAAUGAGAGUAAUAGAGAUGGAGUCAGUAAAGGUGGUGGCGCCAAAGAGAAGCGCUUCCCGUGUUCAUUCUGUGGGAAAGCCUUCAGUUUCCCCAAACAGGUGGAGAUCCACCAGAGGAUGCACACGGGGGAGAAACCAUUCGGCUGCCAACUGUGCCGGGCCAGUUUCUCCGACUCGUCCAACCUGAAGAGGCACCAGAGGGUCCACACAGGGGAGAAACCCCACAGCUGCCCCCAGUGUGAGAAGAGGUUCUCCCGCCAGGACCAGCUGAAGAUGCACCUGAAGGUCCACACAGGAGAGAGGCCGUUCGCCUGCACGCACUGUGGAAAGAGGUUCUCAGAGAGGAGCUACCUCAGAAUACACCAGCAGAAAAUGCACAUGGCCCAUGUAUAGAGUAUAGGGACAUGUAACGUAGUAUUAGUAAGUUUGUUAAUUCUGUUGGUGUUGGAUGUAGAAGGAACUGGAUGAGGUGAACUGAGGAAAGAAUUAGUAGAUGAUAUGGUGAUGAUGGUUGGUGUGAUGGUGUCUGUAAAAAUGCUUCACUGAUAAAAAGGGACAACCUUGUCCUAUUGUUUGAAUUUUGGUGUUUUAUAAUGAGGAAAUGUUUACUUGACAUGAAGCUGUGUGUAAUGUAAUGUUAAACCUUUUCCAAAGUAUUCUAAAAUUAAUUUGAUCAAAAUGGGGGUACCAGAUUUACAGAAAAUAUCAAUUGUGAUCAUACAAGUUGUUCAACAAAUCAUACAAAUCAAAUCUUUUUAAUUACUCAUUUUAAAGCAGUCUUUUUAAUUACAUUUUUUUAAUCGUCACUUUGUCUAAUAAUUCACUGUGUGUUUAUUUUUUUUAAAUAGAAUGCCAAAAUAUUUUUUUUAAUCAUUUAUUUCCCUGAGACUCCACUGAAAUGCUCAGUCUGAUCGUGUGGAAGUUAGGAAUCAAAUUUGAAUAUGAAAUUAUAUAUUUACAUACACAGUCCUGAUUGGCUGAUAGGAGGGGUGUAGAUAACUUCCACAGGUGUGUAGGUUACUUUGUCUUGUCAUCAAAACAAAGUAAUCUUAAUAUCAUUGUUGUACAUUUUCCAAUAGGUCACCAGAAGAUGCAGGGCCAGAACAGACUUUUUGCAUGGUGGACCAUCCUGGCAUAUACCCUGUCUGCCGUGUACUGUAGAUAUGUGGUAGUGGUGGAGUAGGGGCCUGAGGGCACACAGUGUGUUGUGAAAUCUGUGAAUGUGUUGUAAUAUUUUUAUUGUAUAAACUGCCUUAAUUUUGAUGAACCCCAGGCAGCAACUAAUGGGGAUCCAUAAUAAACAAAACAAUUCAUUGCAGAAUGCAAUGAUUAUCUACAGGGCAGUCUAUAUGGUAUAAUCUUCAGUAGCAUCAAUAAAGCAUAGAAUCAAUCA